UGACCGAGGCGAGGCGAGGCCGCUCAUUCAUUGACAGGUUACUAUCGAUUGAGUGAGAAUUGAGAUUUGACAUUAUUGAUAAGAAGUUGUCAAAUAGAUAAUAAAACCAAAUAAAAGUGAUCAAAACAGCAAUUUCAAUGGAAUAAUUAUUACAGUUCCGUUCUCGCUGUACCACGAUAGCAACUAUGUCAUCAGAAUCGGGUCAAGAUCAGAAGAUCGACGUUAUGUUGGGCUUAAAAAAAGUAUUGUCACAAAUUGAGGGUGCGGUGGCCAGGCGCAGUAAAGACCUGCCACAAGUUAUGCCGAGAUUGGUGGCCGUCUCAAAGAUAAAACCUGCUUCGUUAAUUGUUGAAGCUUAUGAGGCUGGCCAACGCCAUUUUGGAGAGAAUUAUGUCAACGAGUUAGCUGACAAAGCAAGCGACCCUAUCAUACUAGAGAAAUGCAAGGAUAUUAAAUGGCAUUUCAUUGGCCAUUUGCAAACCAACAAAAUAAAUAAACUUCUUAGUUCCCCGCAACUAUAUAUGAUACAGACGGUUCACUCUGAGAAGCUAGCUGACAAUUUGAACAAGCAAUGGCCAAAGUAUAGAAAGAAUGAGGAAAAAUUGCCUGUGUUUGUGCAGAUCAAUACAAGUGCUGAAGAAGCUAAAAAUGGAAUUGAGCCAUCUGAAACAACAAGAGUUGUUGAGCAUGUACUGAAAAAUUGUCCGAACCUAGAUUUCAAAGGCUUGAUGACGAUUGGGAUGUACGACCGUUAUGACAAUGAAACCGCAAACCCAGAUUUUCUGUGCCUUGCUAAAUGUAGGCAGGAAGUUUGUGAAAACUUGAACCUGGAUAUAAAUAACGUGGAACUAUCUAUGGGGAUGUCUGGAGAUUUUGAACAGGCUAUUGAACUUGGAGCUACUACAGUUCGUGUUGGUUCAGUAAUUUUUGGCGCUAGGCCACCAAAACCAUGGUAAAAGUUUAUUUGCUAAAUUAUUUAUUUAGCUGUUGUGUGGGAUGUUGACAAUAUUUCGGACUACAGAUUUGAAGUGAAUGUUUUAACUGGUAAUAUAAAUAGUUUUUUUGUUAUUAUUUAAGUACCCAGGCUAGGUGUUAUCACCUACUUUAUAUUGUUUUUAAUUUAUUUGUCAAUUACCUAUCAGGUUUCUUUUUACUUAAAAAAUAGUAUAUUUAUUAAUCCACCAUUGCCUGCUAUGUUAAAAAUAUAAAGAUCUAUGUUUCCGUGAAUUACCUCAGUCAACAUCCCUGUUACAAAGAAUAAUAUAUUUAAUAGACAAUAACAGCUAUAGGCUGAAUAUUUAUCUUCAAUGUUACUACUGUUGUUCUUGAAUGUUAUUAAUAAAUGUGAUAGUAAAUGGGCUUCCAAACUUG